CAACGGACUGACGCGCGGGGCGUCCCACGCGAGACUCUGACCAUUCCUCAAUGCAUUCAGCAUCCACCCCACAGGGCGUCCACCAGAUCUCCGCAAUGAGAGACUUGGGGCGCCAGGAGUUCCAGGCUGUAAGGGACAUUGGCUGAUUUGUGUAGCAUCACACUCGAGCCACAGUUCCAGCGUGCCUACCGCCACCGCCAACAUGUCUAAACUCACUCUGGCCCUCCUCGUGCUGUGCGCCUGCGUCGCUGUGUCUAUGGCGUAUCCACAAGUCACGUCUCCAAUUUCGUCGAUAGCGUCGGCGGUGCCAACGUCGUCGUCGCUGCCAACGUUGUCGUCCUUCACUGAUCUUCUAAGCCAGCUGGAGCCGAGUCAGGCCAACCAGUUCAUCAAGAUAUUCACGGACCUGCUGAGCACGGCGGAGCAGGGCACGCAAGGGGCCACCGGGGGCUCCGGCACUACCGGGGGCGCGGCGGCCACCGACGGCGCAGGCACCACCACCAGCGGCGCCACCGGAGCCACCACCGCUUGAGAUCCAACUCGUGUUUGUCAACAUAGCAAUGGCCAAUAAAAUAUGACAACUUA